ACUCUACAACGCUGAGUCGCCGAAAUUGUUUUGGUCGCUGCGUUGUAUCCGAAGGAUCGAUCUACGUUCAAUUAUCAUUAAACUUAGUUUAGUAAAGCUUUCCAUUGUUAAAACUAAUUAAAAAUGGCCCGUCGUUAUGAUUCCAGAACCACUAUUUUCUCGCCGGAAGGUCGGCUGUACCAGGUGGAGUAUGCUAUGGAAGCUAUUUCGCAUGCCGGCACGUCGCUUGGAAUCCUUGCAAAGGACGGCAUCCUGUUGGCUGCCGAGCGUCGUAACACAAACAAGCUUUUGGAUAAUGUAAUCUUCUCAGAAAAGAUUUACAAGUUGAACGAAGAUAUGGUCUGCUCUGUGGCCGGCAUUACCUCGGAUGCAAAUGUGCUUACUAACUUGCUGCGAGUUAUCGCUCAACGGUAUCAGCUGAACUACGGCGAAGCGAUGCCCUGCGAGCAGCUGGUUUCCCAUCUUUGCGACGUGAAGCAGGCAUACACGCAGUACGGUGGAAAGCGUCCGUUUGGUGUCUCGAUUCUGUACAUGGGUUGGGACAAACACUACGGAUACCAGUUGUAUCAGUCUGACCCAAGUGGAAACUAUGGUGGCUGGAAGGCUACUUGUAUUGGCAAUAAUUCGGCGGCCGCAGUUUCCGCAUUGAAACAGGAGCUAAGCGAUAGCGAUAUUACGCUGUUACAAGCUCAAGAUUUGGCAGUAAAGGUUCUUUCAAAGACCCUGGACAUGACUAAGCUAACGUCUGAAAAGAUUGAGAUGGCUGUUCUCACCCGGGAAAACAAUAAAACGGUCAUCAAAAUUCUAUCCAGCGGCGAGGUCGACGCUUUGAUCGCUAAGUACGAGAAGGCUGAAGCUGAGGCAGAAGCGGCGAAGAAGGAAAAGUUGGGCCAGAAAUCGUAAAAUGCAAAUGAAAUUUAAUUUACAUUGCGGUGGGGACACUAAAUAUUAAAAUAAACGAGCACAAGAGUGCUUUCAUUCGAUA